AUGGAAAAAUUCCAAAAAAUAUUGUUAAAAAAAUUAAAAGAAAUGGAAAAAGAUUUAAUGUCAUCUCAAUUGUUAAAUCAUGAGAUAUUAUCUCGUAUUAAAAGUAAGUUGAGUACUAAUGAAUAUCUUCGCCUUCUUUGUGUUAUUUUUAUUAUUAUUAAACAUGACUCAGAUAAUGCAUUAUUAAUGAAAAUUGUAUCAAACUCUGUUCAAUUUAUUACUCAUAUUCCUGUAAAUUAUAAAACACAAGAAGAAAAAGAGUUAAUGAUUGUCUUUUCAAAUCAUCUUGAUUUAUAUACUUCUUUAUAUGUUGAUGAUUCUACUGCUUUAGAUAAAUCAAUUACACUUGAUAAAGUAUCUACUCUUCAUUCAGAUAAAUCAUAUGAUCAAACUAUUAAUACUUUAACUUCUAUGUUUCUUAAUUUCAUUUCAUUAGAUUGGAAUAAUCCACGUUUCUUUAUUAAUAAAUUCCAUUUAUAUAUAAUAAAUUUCUUUAUUAAAGAAUUAACGACUACAUUCUAUAGGUUAUGUUGUUAUAUACAAGCUUAUUUCGAUACUAUAAUUAACGCCCCUCCUAAUUCAUUAAAAACUUCACUAAAAAUUUUACUUCGAUUCCAAGAAUGUCAAUCUUUUUUUAAAAAGACAUUAGAAAAUCCAAAUGUAAGAAAUUAUUUUCCAAAUGCACCUUUAUACACUCCUAUUGAUUUAGAAACCUUUCAAGAAUUACUUUGUGCUAGAAUGAUUAAAAAUCAAGAAACUCUUGUUGAGUUAGCAGGUGUUCAAAUUCCUGAAGUGAUUAAGAAUGCUGAUAUUAAUAUGCUUACUAAUAAUUUAAAAGUAGUUAAUGAAAAUUUUCAGAGGGAAUUAAAUGAGCAAAUGAUGAAUAUUAUUUAUUUCACUCGUAUCGUUGUUGGCUCAUCUUCUGUUACUAGAGAUAUUUCAAGGUCAACUUCUAAACAAAGAAAUACAUCAACUCUUUCUGAAGGAAGAGAUGAUACACAAAGUAAUAGCAUUAAAGAAGGGAUGGAUAAAUGUAUCAAAAGUGUUUCCGAAAGACGAAUUCAUUGUCCUACAGUUUCACAACCAUCUACUCCAGUAACAAGAAAUCAACGAGUUUCAUUUACAUUAAAUACUAAUACAUUACCAGAUCGUUAUUUAACAUCAAGUGGAGAAGUAAGCGUUGUGUUCUAA